UCUAAUUAGAUUCCUUCUUGGUGUACUCUCUGAGUUUUUUGCUUCUGUGUUUGUUCUGCACACAGAGAGAGAGAGAGUGAGAGAAGUGAAAUUAAGGAUGAAGAAGGGUAAGAGUAGUGCUAGUUCUGAGAAAAUAGAUAGGAAGACUGUGGAGAGGAACAGGAGGAUUCACAUGAAAGGGCUUUGCUUUAAGCUCACUUCUCUCAUUCCUUCCCACCACUUCAAACCCUCCAAGGACUUGCUAUCACAGCAAGACCAGCUUGAUCAGGCUGCUGCGUACAUAACGCAGUUGAAAGAAAGAAUAGAUGAACUAAAGCAGAGUCGAGAAGCAUUGCGCAACAACGAUAUUGUCAGAGAUUCGAUGAAGAUUGGCCUUAGACUGCCAAUGGUUGAAUUAAGAGACUUGGGUUCGAGCAUAGAAGUGGUUUUAAUAAGUGGAUUGGAAAAGAACUUUUUGCUCUAUGAAGUUAUUAGCAUUCUUGAGGAAGAAGAAACUGAAGUGGUGAGUGCUAGCUUUUCUACUGUGGGUGAUAAGGUGUUCCACACUCUCCAUGCUAAGGUGAAAGUUUCAAGAGUUGGUGUGGAGAUUUCAAGGAUACAUCAGAGGUUGCAGGAACUUAUGAGCUGAAUUUUUGUUCCAAAAUUUUAUUUUGGAGAUUUUUCAGUGGAAAUUAUAGUAUGAGUUUCCACUUUGUUAGCUGUUGUCUUUUGAUUUUAAUAUAUAUAUAACAUAGUAUAAUCAAGGGAUCAAGUUCCUGCAGUCAUGAGUGUAUGCUCCUUCAUAUAUUUUUAGGGAUAAUAAUCCUUGAUGAAUGUUUGUAAUAAGUUGAAGUUAUAAUUAUCCUAAUUAAGUGGCAUAUAUUCUAUUAA